AGGAGGAGACAACAAAGGGGGUUGCUAGACAGUUCGUCCAGUGUUGUGGAUCUUUGGAGUUACAGCACUGUGGUCGCCGCAGCAACUUUUUAACACAUUUUGGAUAAGGGUUUUUUGUUUUUGUUUCGCCCUACACACCACCGUUCUGAACUUCGUGUUACAGACUAACCCAAAACACCCUUGUUGAACAAAGCAGUACUCUUUUUUUUUUUUUUUUCCUUUUUUUUUUUUUUACGAACUUCAGAAAGGAAUUGCGCGGCGCCUCCGCUGAGUGCCCAGCCAUGGGUUUGAAAGCUAUAAUCUGUAUUGCUCUUACUCUCUCCGCUGUAACAGCUAUGCAGAGGAACGAGAGCAUUAUAAGAGGUUUUCCCAUAUUCACCAUGACAGCAACAGAUGAACCCAUCGAGUACUUUGAUGUGGAGUCUCGAAGUGAUUCUGAGGGAAGCGGCUCUGGGGAUGAACCUGUGCAUGACCCCAUUCAAAGAACACGAGUUCACCGGAAUCGCACGAUAACCUUCAUCUCCGAUCGGACCAAGCAGUUCCUCACCGGCUCUUGGAUGACUGUUUUUAUUCCAUCAGUUUAUACCAUGGUGUUCACUUCCAGCCUGCUUCUGAAUGGCCUUGCUAUCCUUAUGUUCAUCUGCAAAAUGAAACUGAGAAAGCCAGCAGUGAUUUACAUGUUAAACCUGGCCAUCGCCGACUUGCUGUUUGUGCUCCUCCUCCCGUUUAAGAUCUCCUACCACUUCUGCGGCAACAACUGGGGAUUCGGACCAGUCAUGUGCAGAAUCGUCACCGCCGCAUUCUACUGCAACAUGUACUGCUCAGUUCUGCUUAUGAUGUGCAUAAGCAUUGACCGGUUCUUGGCUGUGGUUUACCCCAUGCAAUCUCUGACAUGGCGCAGCCGGGAAAACGCAGCUGUAGUGUGCUUAUUCAUGUGGUGUCUCGCCAUCGGCGGGGUCAUUCCUAUUGUUCUGUCGGAGCAGACGGCAAAGAUACCGGAGCUAGGCAUCACCACCUGCCAUGACGUCUUGGAUAUCUCUGAGUUUAAAGGCUACUAUCUUUACUUCUUUCCCAUUUUCUGCUUCAUUUUCUUUUUCAUUCCCAUUAUAAUUACAACCGUGUGCUACAUCCGCAUCAUCCAAUGCCUCAACUCGGCCAACGUGGCCAACAAGUGCAAGAAGACCCGUGCGAUCUUCAUGACAGUCACCGUCUUAACCGUCUUCAUUGUUUGCUUUGUGCCAACCAACAUCAUUUUGCUCACUCACUACCUGCAGUUUGCUCAUGGGUACAAUGAGACAUCUUAUUUUGCCUAUCUCCUCUCCAUGUGUCUCGGCAGCUUGAGCUGCAGUUUGGACCCCCUGAUUUACUACUUUGGUUCCUCGCAGUGCCAGAGGCAGCUUCACAACCUUCUCUGCUGUAAAAAUGAGACCGACACGGCUAGCGGCACGAAGUAUGAAAGCAGCAGCAAAAUGGAAACCUUCUCGAGCAACCUUAGCAGCCAGUAUAAAAAGCUGAUGGCUUGAAAUAUGAUGUUUCAGUGUUACUGCCCCACGGAUGUGUUACCAGAAUUACAGUACAUUUGUUUGGAAUAUAAUGUUGUAAAGAAAGACUUCACCCCCUGUAAAAUACUUUGAAAGGUGAAUAUUAAUAUGAAUACGAAUGCAAUGCCAUUUAGGGAAGUGUGAAAAUAUUGAAGACCGGGGGUUUUCACUGUGAGGAGAAGUAUAUUACUAGUGAGGCACACUCUGCCUGUUCCGCUGUAUUAAUAUACAGUUUUAACAGUCGGCUAGUUAGAUCAGGUAAACAUAUUUCCCAUUACAAAAUCUGAAUAAUAAAAAUGAUAUCCUCAAUUGAGAGAUACUGUAUUCUCUGCAAAAAGUCUGAAGGUGUUUUUUGUGUGUGUGUUAGGGGGGGGGGGGGUUAGGGGGGGGUUAAAGCACGAAUGAAAAAACUUUCCCUGCUUUCCAUAUUUACUGUCCUUUCCUAAUGAACUGUUUUGUGGACCCGUGUUUGAGGUGUAUUAUAAGCUUGUCUCUGAGCUUGUCAAUCACCUUUCUGAAAAUAAGGGAGGCAGUGAAGCAAGUAUAAGGCCUCUUUGUGCUCCGUCACACUGAGAUCAGGCCUCUUUGUGCUCCGUCACACUGAGAUCAGGCCUCUUUGUGCUCCUUCACACUGAGAUCAGGCCUCUUUGUGCUCCGUCAAACUGAGAUCAGGCCUCUUUGUGCUCCGUCACACUGAGAUCAGGCCUCUUUGUGCUCCGUCACACUGAGAUCAGGCCUCUUUGUGCUCCGUCACACUGAGAUCAGGCCUCUUUGUGCUCCGUCACACUGAGAUCAGGCCUCUUUGUGCUCCGUCACACUGAGAUCAGGCCUCUUUGUGCUCCGUCACACUGAGAUCAGGCCUCUUUGUGCUCCUUCACACUGAGAUCAGGCCUCUUUGUGCUCCGUCAAACUGAGAUCAGGCCUCUUUGUGCUCCGUCACACUGAGAUCAGGCCUCUUUGUGCUCCGUCACACUGAGAUCAGGCCUCUUUGUGCUCCGUCACACUGAGAUCAGGCCUCUUUGUGCUCCGUCACACUGAGAUCAGGCCUCUUUGUGCUCCGUCACACUGAGUCAGGGACAAAAAAGGCAAGAUCAGAAUCAGAUGAUUCCACAAGCUUAAAAACAAUUACAAUUUCAAUGACAAAGUUAAUGCCACAGGGAAAAAAAUAGUUUCCAAGCUAUUAAAAGUUAGGUAAUUAGUUUCUUAAAAGGUAGUUCAUACACACCUAAAAAAACAAAAAUAUUUUCUGCAUAUUAAGCUUUUUGUAUAUGUAAUGCAGUUAACCUGCUUUAUGGGUCUGGCAACUCUUUUAUGUAUUGUUUGGAGCCCCUUUCACACUGGCACUCCUUCCUGGGUCCUGACCCAUGUUCUGGCUACCCGGGUCACAAUUCCGUGUAGUGUGAAACCACGUACCUGUGAACGUUGCUGCUUCCGAGGCAUCGCGUACACACAUUGUGUACUUGCUUCUGUCACCCAGGUCGACCCAGCUUCUUCAAAAAGCAGUGUGAAAUCACGUAGCUGACCCGCAUGACACCAGGUCCGACCCAGAUAGAUAGAGCAUGCCAGUGUGAAAGGAGUUUAGGCAUGGCAUUUCAGUUUCCAUGGACUUCUGUCACCACUCUGUACCAUACAUAUCAGUUGGUCUGAUGUUUGCAUUAUUGUUACUAGCAUGAUAAACUGUUUUAGUAGUCUGUAAACAUAAAUCAUUCCCUUCCUAGAGAUAUUCACCUCAUAGUUCUAUGUAUUAAUGCAUGAGUGGGGUAAUCAGUGCAUGUAGGAGAUCCACUAUAGAGAUCAUAUUUCAUUACUCUGUUAUUGUUACAACUUGGCAUAUUUUAGUGGCAUUCUUCAAACCUGUAAUCAAGUAAUAUGGAAGUAGUUUGUAUUCUGUGGUGAUAGUGUGAAUUUGUAGGUUUUUCUCUCAAGGAAAUGUAGGCAGUUCUCCAAGGUUUUUUUGCAAAUGUUUAGCAACAAACGAGUGAGACUUUUUUUUUUAUUUAUAAAUUUAGUCGUUGCCAAUUAUUUUUAUGAUUUUCUCCCAAUUUGGAAUCACCAAUUAUUUUAUUAUGCUCAGCUCACUGCUACCACCCCUGCGCUGACUCGGGAGGGUGAAGACGAACCCACACUGUCCUCCGAAGCGUGUGCCGUCAGCCGACCGCUUUUUUUCACACUGCGGACUCGCCAUGCAGCGACCCAAGAGCUACAGCGUCGGAGGACAACGCAGCUCUCGGGCAGCUUACAGGCAAGCCCGCAGGUGCCCGACCAGACUACAGGGGUCGCCAAGCCGAGGACACCCUGGCUGACCUAACCCUCCCUCCCCCCGGGCGACGCUCGGCCAAUUGAGCGCCGCCCCCUGGGAGCUCCUGUCCACGGUCAGCUGUGGAAUAGCCUGGACUCGCGACGUCCAGACCAUAGAGCGCAUCCUGCACUCCACGUGGAGCACCUUUAUUGGAUGCGCCACUCGGGAGCCCUAGACUUUUUAUUUUAAUGUUUUUAUUCUUUGAAGUAAAAAAAAAAAAUUAAACAGCGAAAAUAUACGAGCUAGGUCCUUCAUGUCAACAAAAAACAAAUGUGUGUUUCAUAUUUGUUUGUCUACUACUCUCCAGAUUAGUAUUGAGGAGUUGUAAUAUUUUAUUGAUUAGUUGUACAGUUUGUUUUUCAUGUGUUGUAUUUUUUAUGUUUUUUUAUUGUAAACUCCAGUAUGUAUAAAACCACUUUGUAUGUUAAGUAAAUUGUAUUACAUUAUCGUCAGUAUAUAUGUAUAUAAUUAAAGUGCAUAUUAUUGAAAAAUUA